AUGGUUCGUCGUAAUUCAAAUGCCCCUUCAAUUCCAGUGGUUGCCACUAUCGAUGUAGGUACAACAUCUACCAGAGCCAUCUUAUUCUCUCAGAAUGGUGAAGAGCUCGCUAAGCAUCAAAUUGAAUAUUCCACCACUGCAUCGGAAGCUCCCGAUGAAUCAACCAACACAGAUCAAUUCAGAAGAAGAUCAUCCUUAAUGAGACACAACGAACCGAUCUUCACUGCAGAAGGUAUUGCCAUUUCUAUCACUGAUGAUAUUGAAAUUGAAAAUAAUCAAGCAAGUGUGGGUCCUACUUUAAGAUUUCCCCAACCAGGUUGGGUAGAAUGUAUGCCUGUUCAUAUCUUAGCUAAUGCAGUUCAAUGUUUAGUGGCAUGUUUAAUAACUCUUCGAAAAAUCAAUCAAAAUCCAGAAUUAAAAGUUAAAUAUAAAGUUAAAGCUAUUGGGAUUGCUAAUAUGAGAGAAACUACUAUUGUUUGGCAUAGAAAAACUGGUAAACCUUUAAGUGGAGGUAUUACUUGGACUGAUACUAGAACUUCAGAAAUCAUUCAACAUUUAGAAAGAAUCACAGAUCAAUCCAAAAAAGAUGAAUUAAAACAAAAAACUGGGUUACCUUUAUCAACAUAUUUCUCAGCAUCAAAAUUAAGAUGGUUAUUAGAUAAUGAUGAUGCUAUCCGUGAAGAAUACGAAAAGGGUGAAGGUAAUCUUAUGUUUGGUACAGUUGAUACAUGGUUGAUUUAUCAUUUAACCAGAGAAAAGACUUUCGUAUCCGAUGUUACCAAUGCUUCUCGUACUUAUUUUAUGGAUCUUGAAACUAAAGAUUAUGAUGAUGAAUUAUUAGACUUCUGGGAUAUUGAUCCAACUAGAAUCCAUUUACCUAAAAUUGUUUCCAGUUCGGAAUUUUAUGGAUCUUUCAAUUCCCCUAAUUUAUCAAAUUUAGGAUUUCAUAACAAAAUCACCCAAGAAGCUUAUGAUAUUCUUAAAACCAUCAGUGGUGUUCCUAUUUGUGGUUGUCUUGGUGAUCAAUCUGCAUCCUUAGUGGGUCAAUUGGCUGUUAAACCAGGGUCAGCUAAAUGUACUUAUGGUACUGGUUGUUUCCUCUUAUAUAACACAGGUACAAGAAAAUUAAUCUCCAAUCAUGGUACUUUAACCACAUUAGGUUAUUGGUUCCCAACCUUAAAGGGAGAUGAUGGAAAACCACAUUAUGCAUUAGAAGGUUCUAUUGCUGUGGCAGGAUCGAUUGUUCAAUGGUUAAGAGAUAAUUUAAAGUUAAUCGAAGAUGCAAAAGAUAUUGGUCCCUUAGCUUCAAGAGUUAGUAAUUCAGGGGGUGUGGUAUUCAUUCCUGCCUUUUCAGGUUUAUAUGCUCCAUAUUGGGAUGGUGGUUCAAGAGGUACUAUUUUUGGUAUGACUCAAUAUACCAGUUCAAGUCAUAUUGCUAGAGCUGCUUUAGAAGGGGUUUGUUUCCAAGUUCGUGCUAUUUUAAGAGCCAUGGCUGAAGAUGCUGGUGGAUCUAGGGAUUUCCUUGAAGAAGCAUUAAAUACUCAACAUGAAAACCAACCAUUAAGUCAAUUAGCGGUUGAUGGUGGUAUGUCAAAGGCCAAUGAAGUGUUACAAAUUCAAGCUGAUAUUUUAGGUCCUUGUGUGACUGUUAAAAGAGCAGCUAUUUCAGAAUGUACAGCCUUAGGAGCUGCCAUUGCUGCUGGGUUAUCGUUCAAAGAUGAACAAGAUAGAGUCUGGAAAGAUUUAGAUGAUGUGAUUGAAAAAAUAAAUGGUGACGAUGAUGCCAACAAUACAUUCACCGCCAAAUUACCUGAUGUCGAUAGAAGAAAGAUCUGGAAGCGUUGGGAGAAAGCGGUUGAUAGAGCUAAAGGUUGGUUAGAAGAUGAUGCUUGA